UUACUACACACAUACACACUUAAGCACAUUUUUAUUUGCUUCGAUGUUUCUAUCGCAUUCUUUAACUUCUUUUGCUAUUCCACUCUCAUACCUCUUCCUAAUGGGAGUUUAUUUGUGAAAAUUCUUUAGAAUUUUCGAAACAUGCCUGGAUGCAGUAUUCUGGAAAACCAUUUGAUAUUACCGAGGCACAUUUCAAUUAUAAGGUCUGGUUUCCCAUUGGCAACCGCCGAAAAGGGUUAAAACAUCAACGACUGAAAGCGUGAAGAUUAAAAAAAAAAGAAGUGCCCAAUCCUCAAAAACUAGCACACACUGCACAUCUGAGGAUUGUCAGGAGUCUCCAGUAUAUAAAGGAAGGCUUCGACUGGGAUAGAAAGACAAAUAAUUACUUACUACUGUCUGCCUGUCCUCUUUGAAAGAAUCAACAUCACUUUUGGCAAAACAAUGUCUAACUCAAGGAAAACAACUAGUCCUCAGUGGAAGAAUUUCCAGCCGCCAGCUCAGAAUCCCUCCAUUCUUUAUAGCCAGAGAACACCAACUACAAACAAUUCAAUUGCUACUUCACCUAACGGCACAAGUAAUGGAGUUCGACAAACUGGCUUUGUGGAAAAAUUACUGCAUUCCUAUGGUUUUAUUCAGUGUAACGAAAGAGAGUCAAGAGUUUUCUUUCACUUCAGUGAAUACAGUGGUAAUGCGGAGAAUGUCAAAGUUGGAGAUCCUGUUGAGUUUCAGUUGUCGUAUGAUCGACGAACUGGGAAGCGGAUUGCAUGUUCUGUGAUAAAAAUUGACCCUGGCGUAUCCUCUCAAGAAAUUUUAAGUGAGGAACGUUUUCAAGGCUCUAUAGUUCAAGAAGCAAAACCAGUUAAAGCCAAAAAUGGCACAGUAUCAGGAAAUCAGGAUGGGCUUGGUAGAGUCACGUAUCUACACAAUGGAGAAUGUUUUUUCCUUCCUUAUGGCUUAGAAGAUGUAAUUGAUGGUUCUUCGAAAUUGAAAGCUGGAGAUCAAGUCAGAUUUUAUAUUGCUUCUGAUAAAAGAAAUGGUAACAUUAGAGCUCGAAGACUUGAAAGUGUCAUGGUGCAAAAUCAAGAGAAAUAUCAAGGUGUCGUUUGUUCGAUGAAAGAGAACUUUGGCUUCAUAGAGCGUUCUGAUGUUGUGAAAGAAAUAUUUUUCCACUACAGUGAAUAUAAAGGCGAUAUCAGUGAGCUGCUUCUUGGAGAUGACGUAGAAUUUCAAAUUCAGUCAAGAAGUAGACAAUGGGAUUAUUCAUUAAAUAGCCACAAAAACAGUAACCAACCAGAAAAUGAUGGUAGGGAAGUUGCUGUAAAUAUUUCACGAUUACCUGAAGGAACUGUGAUAUUCGAAGAUGUUGCUAUUGAAAGCAUAAACGGGAGAAUUCUGAAAACCUUAAAAAAUUCCAAUAAAGGUCGUCAAGGAGAUCCCCUUUGUGGAAGAAUUGUUUAUGAAGUAGAUAACCGGCAAGUUGAAAUUCCAUUUGGAGACAAGGACCAAAAGGGAGACUUCACAUUACAGGUUGACGAUCUUGUUGCAUUUAAUAUUGCUACAGACCGCAGAGAUGGAUUACAACGAGCUACACAAAUUGAACUUCUUGACUGUACCUUUGAGAAAAGCAAAGAAACCAGAGAGGUGGGCAUUGUUGCUACUCUGAAGGAAGGAUAUGGUUUCAUACAAUGUGCUGAUCGCGACCUCAGAGUUUUCUUCCAUUUUAGUGAAAUGCUUGAUCAAACUAAGGAGUUGAAGCUGCAGGAUGAAGUUGAAUUCACAGUAGUACAAGAUCCUUCAUCACCAAAUAAGCAAAUAGCUAUUCGCAUUAAAAUGCUUCCCAAACGAACACUCUCUCUUACAAUUUCUACUGAAAAAUAUAUUGGAACAAUUGACCGUGAGCCUGCAACACACAAAAGCCCAGGCAAAAACAAAGAAGGGGAAUCUGGAAAUAUAAUAUAUGACUAUGAAGGUGCUAUUCAACAAAUUCCAUAUUACUUAAAAGAUUUAAUAGACCAGAAGGGUCCUCCAAGAUAUGGUGAUAAGAUUGAAUUUAGCAUUGGUGAAUCGUCUAGAAAUGGCCAAAAGAGAGCUGUCAAUAUAAGAGUAGUUCUUCGCAAUGUUGCUGGCAAAUGCCAAGGCUUCAUUGCUACAUUGAAAGACAACUAUGGAUUCAUUGAAAAUGCUGAUCAUGAGAAGGAAGUUUUCUUUCAUUUCAGCUCUAUUGAGAAUGAUCAGUUAGAAUUUAAUCUUGGCGAUGAAGUAGAAUAUACAUUGGCUAAAAAAGGAGCCAAGUUGAGUGCUGAAAACAUCAAAAAACUUCCUAAAGGCACUGUUUCACCCGAGGAAAUUAUUUGGGAAAAAGGGACCCUACAGGGAAAGAUUAUUCGACCCUUACGCAUUGUCAAUCCUGAACAGGAUGAAUAUAGUGGUCUUGUACAAGUUGGUUUGGAUGAAGAUGAAGAGGAAGUGUACCAAUAUGGUAUCACUAGCCUGGCUGAUAAACGAGAUUUCCUCCAGAAGGGUGAUGUUGUAAAGUUCCAGAUUGCAUCAGUGAAAGCCACUGGGAAAAAACGAGCUGUUUGUGUGGCUGCUAUGCGUAGCUAUGUGCGUGCUAAAGUUGAUUCUGUGAAGGGAUUGUUUGGCUUCCUGAAUUAUGAAGUUGAAGAUGGCAAAAAGCUAUUCUUUCAUAUGACUGAAGUCCAUGACAGUAUUGAGCUGCAACCUGGUGAUGAAGUUGAAUUUGUAGUUGUGCAGAAUCAAAGAAAUGCCAAAUUUUCAGCUUGUAGUUUGCGUAAAAUUACUGAUACACGACGCCCAGAUCGCCUCUUAAAUCGACUAAAGAGUUUUACUGAAGAGACCGGCCCUCGUAUUAUUCUAAUUCGAGCACCAAAAGGUCCAGACGGCACGAAAGGUUUUGCCCAUGCCCGGACAGCUGUAAAAAUACUAGAAUAAUAGUCUUAUGACCACAGCUUGCUGUUCUUUAGAUUUCUCUCAAUGUUUGUUUUUCUUCUCUCUCACUCACACUCUACAACUGCUCAUUCUAAUGUAGAAGCUUCCAUUCUGAAGUUCCAGCUAUAUAUCUACCUUUCUUCAUAUAUAUAAAUACAUACAUAUAUACAUAUAUCUAUAAAUACACACACACACACACACAUAUGCAUCCACACAUACACACAUCUAUAUAUAUGAAGCAAUGGAGAUUCAUCUGAAGAUAUAAUUGGUUAUUUACUAACCACUCUCCUAAUACAUACAGAUUUGCCUUUUUUUUUUAACAUUCUCAUAUUUAGAACUACCUAUAAAACAUUUAUUUAUUUGGUUGAACUGUACAGUGUUCCAAGAUACGUUUAUUUGCUUUACUGAAUAUUGAACUUUGGAAGUUUACGGUUCAUAUCCUUUUUUUUUCUUCUUUAUUUCUCUACAGAAAAAGUAAAAAAUAAAAAAAAAAAUUCAUUUGAAUAUUUAUUUAUCUAUUUCCUUCUUAAGAAGAAAAAAAAAAACAAACAAUAAAACAAAUUUCAACUCUUAUCAAUUAAGAAAAUAAGAAAAAUAAAUAAAAAUUGUAACAACUAUUUGUAAAGAUCUUUUUGAUUCACUUGAACAUGCUGGAAUUUCAGAAGUUAUCUAUUCCAUCUUUACAUACAUGUAUCAAUACAUAUAUACAUAAAUAUGUAUAUGUGUGAGUGCACACACACACAUACACACAUACUUGUGCUUGUGUACACACAUACAUAUUUUCCUCAAACAUUCGUAAUAUUAACACAUACUCACUCACACAAACACUCAUUUUUCUCUCUCCCCUCUGACACAUACAGAAACACAUAAUUACUUACACAAAUUCUCCCUUUUUCCUUCCUUCUCUCUCAUAAGCUACUUUCAUUCCUCUCUUUCUCACACUAUUCACACUUGUGCAUGAGUACAGUCUCACGCUUUCUCUCUUUCCCUUCCUCAAUUUAGUUUAUAAGUUAUGUUUAAAUAUAUAUUGUUUUUUUUUUCUGCCAAAUCUCUGUUUGUCUCUCUCUCUCUACUAUUCUUUUCAGUCUCUUCUCUCUUUCUGUUUUUGAUUUUCGUCUGUCUGACUAUGUAUUUUUCUGCCUUGGUGUGACAUUCCCCUUGCUAGAGACAGUUAACUGUUUGUGCGUCAUGAUUAUUCUUCAACUAUGGUCUUCCAUAACAUAACAUGGAAGUUGUAGCUUUAAGCAUUACUAUUCUCUCCAUCCUGCUCUUCCGCACCAUCCUAAUUUAAUUUUUUUUAACUCCCCACUACAUUCCCCUAAAAAAGAAAGAAAAUUUUAAAAAGCCAAAAAAAA